AUGCAAGCAGGGGGCGUCUUGGAGAGGAGCCGUGCUCGGACUCACUCCAGCGAGUACAGGCCCUGGGACCGCGUCCCCUGUACCACUGAAGCUCAGAUCCUCCCUGGAAUCCUGCUUCUGACCUGGCUGCCCGCCAGCCUGGCCCACCCCGGAACCCCACUCUGGAGAGGCGCCCAUGCCCACAGCUGGGGGGCCCCUCGCUGCUACUCGGCUGAAGAACUGGGCUCUAGCCAGACCCCGCCACACCUGCUGGCCCGAGGUGCCCGGUGGGAGCAGGCCUUGCCUGUAUCUCUGGUGUCCAGCCUGGAGGCGGCAGGCCACCGGAGGCGGCACAAGGGGCUCCCGGCUGGGCCCCACUGCCCAGUGCUGCGGCCGGAGGAGGUGUUGGAGGCAGAGACCCACCAGCGCUCCAUCUCGCCCUGGACGUACCGCGUGGACACGGACGAGAACCGCUACCCCCCGAAGCUGGCGUUCGCCGAGUGCCUGUGCCGGGGCUGCAUCAGCACCAGGACGGGCCGGGAGACCCGAGCGCUCAGCUCGGUGCAGCUGCACCAGAGCCUCCUGGUGCUGCGCCGCCGGCCCUGCUCCCGCCACGGCUCGGGGCCGCCCACGCCCGGGGCCUUCGCCUUCCACGCCGAGUUCAUCCGCGUGCCGGUCGGCUGCACCUGCGUCCUGCCGCGGUCGGCCCGGUGA